AUGAACUCAAUCAUGGCCUUCUCCAAAGUUUCUCUCCUCGUGCUUCUCGUAACCGCCGCUAGCGUCCUCAGCGUCUCUGGGCAAAGUGAGCCGUACCUAGUCACCAAGGCCCGUCUGACCCGCGCAGCGGCCGUCAGCGCCACAAACGACUUUAACAAAGCCAACGCGCUCGUUGCGCAGCGCUCUCAGGAGCUUAACGAUGCGGAUAAAGCCCUCGCAGGCACCGCUGCGGCAUACAACGACGCGUUACCCCUGGUGAACCGCCUCAAGGCGACCCUCGCGCAGAAACUCGCAGCCAAGGACAAAACCGCCUCCGUCAUUCCCGGCCUACAAGACAACCUCGAUGCCGCAAAGGCAGCGGCAAACGCGGCCGCAACGGGAACCGACCCUGCGGCGGAUCUUCAAUCCGCGAAGAAACGGGUUGAGCUGACAAACCAGCAGGUUUACCGUCAGAAGGAAGCUCUUGCCGGCUUGGAUUUGUUCGUCGCACAGGCGACUAAGGACGCGGCCAAUUCUAACCUCACGACCGCACAAGCCGAUGCUGCUCGGGCUGCGCUCAACGAUAAGAUGGCGAUGCAGACUCUCGCGAAGCAAAUUCUGGACGACAUGGUCGCACAGGCGAAGAGCGCGAAACAGGCGUUAGCGAAGCGCCAAGACUCGACGAAUUCCGCGACUGCGCCGGCGGGCCAAUCGACUGUUGCCGACGCGCAAGCGGCGCUGGACGCGGCGGUGAAGGCGGACAACGAUGCGGCGGCGGCGGUGGCGCAGGCGACGAGCGACGUGAACGACGCCCUUGCGUCGGUUCCGGCGAAAUCUGCCGCGGUUAAUAGCGCGAAGAUCGCGCAGAGCAAGGCUGUGGCGGCGAAGACGAGCGCGGACAAUAAUGUUGCGGCGAUGAAGAGCAGGAUGGACGCUGCUGUGGCUGUUGCUGAAUCUGCUGAGUCUGCUGCGAAGACUGCUGGUUACAAUUGGACGUGGUAA